AUGGCAAUCCCCUACUACACGGGGCGCAUGACCGACUGGAUCGUGAGCGAGGACGACCCCUCGGCCUUCGUCCGGGCCAUCUGGGCCAUGUCCCUCAUCACCGUCGGCAGCGCAGUGACAGAGUUUGUGUCCGACUGUCUCUAUAACGGCACCAUGAACCGGAUUCACAUGCGAAUCCAGAGCCGGGUCUUCAGCUCCGUCCUGCGCCAGGAGAUCGGCUUCUUCCACGCCAACCGCACUGGGGACGUCACGUCGCGGGUGACGGCCGACACGGACGCCAUGAGCGAGGCGCUGAGCGAGAAGCUGAACUUGCUGAUGUGGUACCUGAUGCGGGGAGUCUUCCUCUAUGCCCUGAUGGUGCAGGUGUCGCUGCGCCUGGCGCUCCUCACCGCCGUGGGGCUGCCCCUCAUCCUGCUGGUGCCCAAGCUCUCCGGGAAAUUCCACCAGAGCCUGGCGCAGCGGGUGCAGGAGUCCCUGGCCAAGGCCAACGAGGUGGCGGUGGAGACCUUCCAGGCCAUGGCCACGGUGCGCAGCUUCGCCAACGAGGAGGGGGCCGCCCGGCGCUACGGGCAGCGGCUGCAGGAGACCUACCGGCUCAACCAGCAGGAGGCAGCCGCCUACGCCGCCUCCAUGUGGACCAACAGCCUGUUGGGGCUGGCGCUGAAGGUGGGGAUCCUGUACUACGGGGGGCGGCUGGUCACCGCCGGGGCCGUCAGCACCGGGGACCUGGUCACCUUCGUCCUCUACGAGAUGCAGUUCACCACGGCCGUGGAGGUGCUGCUCUCCGUCUACCCCAGCGUGCAGAAGGCCGUGGGCUCCUCAGAGAAGAUCUUUGAGUACAUGGAGCGGACGCCCCGGAUCAGCCCCCCCGGGACGCUGGCCCCCCCCUCCCUGCGCGGGCACCUCCAGGUGCAGGACGUCUGGUUCUCCUACCCCGGCCGGGACGACACCCCCGUGCUCAAGGGGGGGUCUCUGGAGCUGCGCCCCGGGGAGGUGACGGCGCUGGUGGGCCCGUCAGGCGCGGGGAAGACGGCGCUGGUGGCCCUGCUGGAGCGUUUCUACGAGCCCCAGCGCGGGCGCCUGCUGCUGGACGGGCGGGACCUGCGGGAGUACGAGCACCAUUACCUGCACAGCAAGGUGGCGCUGGUGAGCCAGAAGCCGGUGCUGUUCGCCCGCUCGCUGCACGAGAACAUCGCCUACGGGCUGGGGGGGCGCAGCCGCCAGGAGGUGACGGGGGCUGCCCAGCGCGCCAACGCCCACGGCUUCAUCGCCCAGCUCAGCCACGGCUACGACACAGAUGUUGGGGAGAUGGGGGGGCAGAUCUCGGGGGGGCAGAGGCAGGGGGUGGCCAUCGCCCGAGCCCUGCUCCGAGACCCCCGAGUGCUGAUCCUGGAUGACGCCACCAGUGCCCUGGAUACGGAGAGUCAGCUGCUGGUGGAGAAGGAGAUUUACGAGGGCGCCCGGGCCGGGCGCUCGGUGCUGCUCAUCGCCCAUCGCCUGAGCACCGUGGAGCGAGCCGACCGCAUCCUGGUGCUGGAGGACGGGGAGAUCCGGGAGCAGGGCACCCACCGGGAGCUGCUGGCGCGCCGGGGCAGCUACUGGCGCCUGGCGCAGAAACAGCUCAACGGAGACGAGGGGGGCGGUUCCAAGGAUGGGCUGGGGGCUGGGGGGCCGUGA